AAGGCGUAGCGUUUUUCAGAAGCGAACACACUGCAGUCAGAAUGCAUCGUGCUACCAUGCUAUUAUCUUCGGCCUUCGUUUUUGCCGCUUUGCUAUCCGUGACUAACGGGGUUUGUCCUCACGGAAUCCUAAAGAAAGGAGUUUCGGCUGAAGAUCAGAAAGUGAUCGUAAAUUUGCACAAUGACAUCAGGAAGAUGAUAGCUAAUGGACAAGUUAAAAAUCAACCAAGAGGAGUGAACUUAAAAAGAAUGUCUUGGGACGAUUGUUUGGCCAAGGAGGCUCAAAGGAUAGCGGAAAAAUGUGAAUUUGCUCACGCCAAGGCAUCAUGUUCCGGAUACAGUUGGAUAGGACAAAAUCUUUACAUUUCAUACAGUACGGCGGAUACGGGCUCAGCAAGUCACUGGAAAGAUGCCAUUAACUCAUGGUUUGAUGAGCACAAAGUAUACAAAUUCGGUAGUCCGUUUUCUUCGAACACGGGACAUUAUACACAGCUCGUCUGGGCAGAUACCAAUAAGGUUGGUUGUGGAUUUGCCUACUACAUGAAAGAUGGAGGUUACAAAUAUCAAAAGUUAUACGUUUGCAAUUACGGCCCCGGUGGCAACUGGGUAGGCCAAGCUCCUUAUAAAACUGGAAAAUCUGGCUCGCGGACUCAACUUCAAAGCUCAUCAACCAUGCACAUGUAUACAUCAAUAUUGGCAGGUUUCUGUUUUGUGAUUAAGAUAUCACAAAUUGAAACUUCAUGUCCAUAUGGAAUAAUGAGAAGUGGCGUAAAUAAUGAUGAAAAAAAUACAAUCAUCAACAUGCACAACGAUGUUAGAAUUAAAGUAGCCCGUGGAGAACUUAGUGGGCAACCUCGCGGGGUCAAUUUAAAAAGGAUGUCUUGGGACGACUGUUUGGCAAACGAAGCCCAAAGAAUAGCGAAUAAUUGUGAAUUUAAACAUCAAUCAGCAACUUGUCCUGCUUGGAAUUGGGUUGGUCAAAAUCUUUUUUCGACCUGGACAACGGAUUCAUCUGACACAGGAAGCGAUUGGCCAGCAGCCAUCAAUGGAUUUAUAGAUGAAUAUAAAACUUACACGUUUGGACAAGGAUUUAAUCAUUAUACACAGGUUGUGUGGGCCAACACCGACAGAGUUGGAUGCGGUUUUACAUAUUUUAGAACUGAUGGCAAUUAUCCAUAUCAGAAGCUUUAUGUUUGCAAUUAUGGUCCAGGGGGAAACAUUGGAGGUCAAACUCCCUAUCAAACAGGCAACAGUGGCUGUGAAAAUCUUUGUUAACUUGAUCGAAGACAUGUUUUUAAUUAACAAUAUAUAUCCCGUGUUUUAAAAAAUAUAAUACAUAACCAAAUCCUAAAAUUAAAGUUGAUUUUCUUUACUCGUACCAAUAAAA